AAGUCAUUUUGUGCUAACGGCCAGCCACUCAAAAAUGCAAGUCACUUGCUUUACUCCAUUACGAUCUGGGCCGUGUGCAAUCCAUCGGCCGAGUCUUUCUCGCCGUGUGCAUUUGCCAUGCAGGGCCGCUGCAGCACCACCAGCCUUAUCUGACAUCGAAAAGCAGGCGUUAGGAACGUACAGGUCCAACGUAUCGGAAGUCAGCAAGUCCAAUGCCCUGCAGCUGCUGAAGCGGGCCGCUGCGACAAAAUCCAUUCCGGCCGAGACUGUGGAGGGUGCCCUCUUGGCGCUGGAACAGAUCGUCGCACAAGAAAAGUCUAGCCCCACUCCAAGCAUCGCGGGCAAGUGGCGGCUGGUUUUUGGAACCGCCACCAAAUUCCGGCCUUUUCAAUAUAUUCCUGUCAAGGAGGACUUUGUGCUGGAUGAAACGGCCAAGACCCUGGCCCUGGAGAGCUCCUUGGGGCCCUUCGACUUCUUCAUCCGGGGGAAGAUGAACUCUUGGCGGCCGGAGACUGGGGAGCUGGAUUUCCAGUUCAAUAAGGUCGACAUCUUGUUCUCAGGGAACAAGGUAUGGGAGGUAACACCCAAGACCAAGCCCAAGACCUACACCUUCUUCUACGUGGCCUCCGACUUGGCGUGUGCGAGGAGCAGUGCAGGCGGAGUGGCGCUCUUGGUCAAGUAGGGGGAAGAAGGAAAAGAAGGAGAAGAAGAAGACGUCCCAGGUCCUUUUCUUCCACCGUCUGGAGGGAGAGAGGGAGAGGGGGAGAAGGGGUUAACAAGAACGGUAAUCGAGCUGUGGUAACACCCGUGUGGUUGAGGAGGGUUGGGAAAGGGCUUUUUGGGGUCUCCUAUGUCCCGCAUGUACGCAUCGGUGCCGAGAUGUCUGUUUUGGUAAAAUAUUUAAAAUUGUUGAAAUUUGAUUGCAGCUGUUCAGGUCGUUCUCUGGAGCGGCCUUCUCCCGCCGGUUUGCAAUCACAGCGGUUACGAACUUUCCAAUGGAUGAAAGCAAUAUACAUAUAUAUGCAACGGCGGCAGGAGACCGACUACUGCAAGUUUUCCUUUGUU